GCAGUGGGAACAACUGACGAAAUGAUUUGCUGCACAUAAAAGUACAGUGUACGGCUCAUAUUUCCUUCAGAUGUAUAAUUAAUAAUUAGACCAACUUAAUUCUUCUCGUUGUUUUGGUUUCAAGUAAAGAAUGGUAAAUAACACAAUGCAAAAGGGAUAAAACCCUUUCUGACAUUUUUUAUUUAUUUAUUUAAGUGCUUUUAUGAAGGUGCCUAUUUAUUUUCUUCUCGCAAAAAUGUGGAAAUAUGGGUUUCUGGUCAUUUUAUUCGCCGCGGUCGUGCGCUCCCAAUUUCCAAGGGAAUGCGUGACUCCGGAGGGACUAAGAAGUGGUCAAUGUUGUCCCUCUCCAACGGGAGCACCAAAUGAUGACUGCGGGUCCAGCACGGGACGAGGACAAUGCGUGUCAGUUAUCGCGGAUGGUCGGCCGCAUGGUCCGCAGUAUCCCCAUGACGGUCGUGAUGACCGGGAACGUUGGCCACUGAGGUUCUUUAAUCGCACGUGCCAGUGUAACGGGAACUUCUCCGGUUACAACUGCGGGCGGUGCAGGCACGGAUUUACAGGAGCGAACUGCGACCAGUCAGUUUCUGUUGUACGUAGAAACGUGAUGCUGUUGAGUCCGGACGAAAAGAGAGCGUUUGUGGACGCGUUGGACCAAGCAAAACGCACGGUCCACCCGGAUCUGGUAAUCGCCACCAGGAGAUACGAGGAGGUUUUCGGUCCAGACGGCAACACAACGCAGUUCGAGAACAUCACCAUCUACAACUACUUUGUGUGGUCGCACUAUUAUUCGGUCAGUAAGACCUAUCUGGGGCCCGGGCAACAGAGCUUUGGAGGGGUGGACUUUUCUCACGAAGGCCCUGGUUUUGUCACCUGGCACAGAUUCCACCUUCUCCAGCUCGAGAGAGACAUGCAGGAUAUGCUCCAGGACCCCUCCUUUGCGCUUCCGUAUUGGAACUUUGCGAUUGGCGGCAGCACGUGCGAUAUCUGCACCGAUGAUCUAUUGGGCGCGAGAAGCAGCUUUGACCUGAACUCCAUCAGCAGCAACUCUGUCUUCUCGCAGUGGCGCGUGAUCUGCGACGGUCUGGAUGACUACGACACUCUCGGCACCAUCUGCAACAGCUCGGAAAGCGGCUCCAUCCGGAGGAAUCCGGCCGGGAACGCGGCCAGGCCCAUGGUGCAGCGCCUGCCCGAGCCACAGGAUGUCGCCGACUGCCUGCAGCUGGGCGCCUUCGACACGCCCCCCUUCUACUCCACCUCUUCCGAGAGCUUCCGGAACACCGUGGAGGGCUACAGCGCCCCCCAGGGAAACUAUGACCCUGUUAUCCGCAGUCUGCACAACCUGGCUCAUCUGUUUCUCAACGGGACCGGGGGGCAGACCCACUUGUCCCCAAACGACCCCAUCUUUGUCCUGCUGCACACCUUUACAGAUGCUAUUUUUGACGAAUGGCUCAGAAGGCACAGCCCCGACGUGACGGUUUAUCCGUUGGAAAACGCUCCGAUCGGCCACAACCGGGAGUACAACAUGGUUCCCUUCUGGCCCCCGGUCGCGAACGUGGAAAUGUUUGUGGCCGCCCCUGAAAACCUGGGUUACUCGUACGAAGCAGAGUGGCCAGCGCCCCCGUACACCCUGACGGAGAUCAUAACCAUGACGGUGGUGGCGGCCCUCUUGGCGGUGGCCAUCGUUUUCGCCACCACCACUUGCGCCGUGCGUGCGAAGUCCUACGCCAAGAUGGAGGGCCGGCAGCCGUUGCUGGGGGAACAGUAUCAGCGUUACUCGGACGACCGCGACAGGCCACAGGAGAAAACCCAGUCUGUCGUCUGAUGCUGUACAGCAGGGCACUGAUGAGCUUGAUAUUGGUUUUAUUCAUAUAUAUAAUUCAGACACAUUUGGUUUUACAUCUUUAAAAAUGGUGCAAGCGCUUCUUUUGGCAUGAAGAUCCAUCAAAUAACUUCUAAGCAGCUGUGAAUUUUACCGUAGAAAAUAAUUCUAUAAUUACAUAAAACCAUAACACUGACUUGUAGCAAUGUAACUCUGGUACAUUUGUAUUCCAUGCAAAGUAGCUAAUGUAAACCUGCAGACAUUUACUGGAACUGUUUGACUUAUUAAAUUGCAUUCAUUAUCAGUAUAUACUUUUUUUUUCAGUGAAGUGAUUCCAAAACAUUUAUUGAACAAUAAUAAAUGGCCUUUUGAUUCAAAAA